AUGGAAGAGGAUCAUCGACUGGACACUCGAGCCGUAACAGCUGGUCAGGAAUACAGUAUUGGACAAAGCGUUGGUUCCAACCUGUCGUCGGUUCUGCAACAGCUACAGUCCCAAAUAACACGACCUGCUCCAGCUCCUGCACCGCGUCCUCUACCGGCACCACGCCCUGCCCCUGCUUCUUUCUUAGCACAGCAGACGCAACAAGCGGCUUCUCUAAGCAGCGCAUCAUCCGCCGCAUCCACUGCUACGACGUCCCAGGCGCUUCAAACGUCCAGCGCAUCACAGUUUACAGCAGCGACUUCCCAAACGUCUUCAGCAGUUUCCGUGAGUAAUGAAGCCUUGCAGAGUGCAAUCAUUUCGAACAUAGCAUCUUCGAGCGCACUAAAUGCAAUAAGUACAGGACAAAUUUCUGUGCAAAAUCUCAUUUCAGUAGCGUCCCAAAUCCUUACAAAUUCCUUCGGUAUUUCUCAAAGUUCGGCACAAAGCAUUCUCAGCCAGACUUUGUCUAAUCAUGGAAGAGGAUCAUCGACUGGAGCACUCGCUGCAGCACUUGCAUCAGCUUUCUCACAGCUUCUUGUACAAUCAGGAGCCGUAACAGCUGGUCAGGAAUACAGUAUUGGACAAAGCGUUGGUUCUAACCUGUCGUCGGUUCUGCAACAGCUACAGUUCCCAAAUAACACGACCUGCUCCAGCUCCUGCACCGCGUCCUCUACCGGCACCACGCCCUGCCCCUGCUUCUUUCAUAGCACAGCAGACGCAACAAGCGGCUUCUCUAAGCAGCGCAUCAUCCGCCGCAUCCACUGCUACGACGUCCCAGGCGCUUCAAACGUCCAGCGCAUCACAGUUGACAGCAGCCACUUCCCAAACGUCUUCAGCAGUUUCCUCGCGUCCCAAAUCCUUACAAAUUCCUUCGGUAUUUCUCAAAGUUCGGCACACAGCAUUCUCAGCCAGACUUUGUCUAAUCAUGGAAGAGGAUCAUCGACUGGAAACACUCGCUGCAGCACUUGCAUCAGCUUUCUCACAGCUUCUUGUACAAUCAGGAGCCGUAACAGCUGGUCAGGAAUACAGUAUUGGACAAAGCGUUGGUUCCAACCUGUCGUCGGUUCUGCAACAGCUACAGUCCCAAAUAAACGACCUGCUCCAGCUCCUGCACCGCGUCCUCUACCGGCACCACGCCCUGCCCCUGCUUCUUUCAUAGCACAGCAGACGCAACAAGCGGCUUCUCUAAGCAGCGCAUCAUCCGCCGCAUCCACUGCUACGACGUCCCAGGCGCUUCAAACGUCCAGCGCAUCACAGUUUACAGCAGCCACUUCCCAAACGUCUUCAGCAGUUUCCGUGAGUAAUGAAGCCUUGCAGAGUGCAAUCAUUUCGAACAUAGCAUCUUCGAGCGCACUAAAUGCAAUAAGUACAGGACAAAUUUCUGUGCAAAAUCUCAUUUCAGUAGCGUCCCAAAUCCUUACAAAUUCCUUCGGUAUUUCUCAAAGUUCGGCACAAAGCAUUCUCAGCCAGACUUUGUCUAAUCAUGGAAGAGGAUCAUCGACUGGAGCACUCGCUGCAGCACUUGCAUCAGCUUUCUCACAGCUUCUUGUACAAUCAGGAGCCGUAACAGCUGGUCAGGAAUACAGUAUUGGACAAAGCGUUGGUUCCAACCUGUCGUCGGUUCUGCAACAGUUACAGUCCCAAAUAACACGACCUGCUCCAGCUCCUGCACCGCGUCCUCUACCGGCACCACGCCCUGCCCCUGCUUCAUUCAUAGCACAGCAGACGCAACAAGCGGCUUCUCUAAGCAGUUGCAUCAUCCGCCGCAUCCACUGCUACGACGUCCCAGGCGCUUCAAACGUCCAGCGCAUCACAGUUACAGCAGCCACUUCCAAACGUCUUCAGCAGUUUCCGUGA